CUACAUUUCAUUCAACUUUCUCUCUACACUCUCUUCUGCAAUUUUUCAGUGUUUUAAUGGCGGAGGCCAUUUGAAGAAGAAGACGGUGAAAAAGGCAUGGCUUCAGGUGCAUACAGAAACGGCGUACAUAAAGGUGCCCCUGCAGCCUCGAACUUCAAAUCCUCUUCCUUCAAAUCGAAGCAUCCGCCGGUAGCCGCUCCGGGAUCUGGUUUUCGCCGGAGCAGUUCCGCUUCACUGGGCGCCGCUUCUGGAAGUCUUAAGGACGACGGAGGAGUUCCUGGCAGAGUUCGAGUAGCAGUCAGAUUGCGGCCCCGAAAUGCAGAGGAGUUGGUGGCAGAUGCAGAUUUUGCUGAUUGUGUAGAAUUGCAGCCAGAGCUUAAGAGGUUGAAACUUCGAAAAAACAAUUGGGAUUCAGACACCUAUGAAUUUGAUGAGGUCCUCACAGAGUUUGCAUCACAGAAGCGUGUUUAUGAAGUUGUUGCUAAGCCUGUUGUGGAGAGUGUUCUGGAUGGUUACAAUGGGACAGUGAUGGCUUAUGGUCAGACUGGUACAGGAAAAACUUUUACUCUUGGACGACUGGGAGAGGAAGAUACUUCUGCUCGUGGAAUAAUGGUCCGUUCAAUGGAGGACAUUCUAGCAGAUCUCUCUCCAGAGACUGAUUCUGUAUCGGUUUCAUAUUUGCAGCUUUAUAUGGAAACCAUCCAAGACCUCCUUGAUCCAGCAAAUGAUAAUAUUCCCAUUGUAGAAGAUCCAAGAACUGGUGAUGUCUCACUGCCAGGGGCAACUGUUGUAGAAGUUAGGGACCAGCAGAGUUUUAUGGAGCUACUACGUAUAGGGGAAACUCAUAGGAUCGCUGCCAAUACCAAGUUGAAUACUGAAUCCUCUCGCAGUCAUGCUCUUCUAAUGGUUAAUGUUAAGAGGUCUGUCAUGGGAAGAGAAGCUGCACUUUCAAGUGAAGAUGACAACUCCUCUCACUUGGUCAAACCUUUUAAGCCCCUUGUUCGGAAGGGCAAGCUAGUUGUGGUGGAUCUCGCAGGUUCAGAGCGUAUUCAGAAGUCAGGAAGUGAGGGACACACGUUAGAAGAAGCAAAAUCUAUCAAUCUUUCACUGAGUGCAUUAGGGAAAUGCAUAAAUGCACUAGCAGAGAACAGUGCUCAUGUACCGGUUCGUGAUUCUAAACUUACAAGGUUACUUAGAGAUUCAUUUGGAGGCACGGCAAGAACUUCAUUAAUCGUGACUAUUGGCCCGUCUCCACGCCAUAGAGGAGAGACUGCAAGUACCAUAUUGUUUGGACAGAGGGCUAUGAAGGUGGAGAAUAUGUUGAAAAUAAAGGAAGAAUUUGACUAUAAAAGUUUGUCUAGAAGGCUUGACAUACAACUGGACAAACUCAUUGCAGAAAAUGAAAGACAACAGAAAGCUUUUGAGGAGGAAGUUGAAAGAAUAACAUUAGAAGCACAAAAGCGUGUCUCUGAGGUCGAAAGGAACUAUGCAGACGCAUUGGAGAAAGAGAGAUUGAAAUGCCAGAUGGAGUACAUGGAAUCAGUUAAGCAGCUGGAGGAAAAAUUAGUGACAAAUCAAAAGAAGUGUUGUAAUGGAGAGGGCCCUGGGGUGUCUGGUGCUGAGGAACUUGCAGAGGUAAAAAAGUUGCUUCAAAAUGAAAUUCAUCUAAGAAAAGCUGCUGAAGAGGAGGUUGACUAUCUUAAGAAUCGGUUAGGACAAUUUACACAGCCAGAGGCAGGUGGAAAUUCAGAGAUUCUAAAGCUCCGCAAAAGUCUUGAGGAUGAGGCUCACAAAAAAAAGAAGCUUGAAGAAGAAAUAACAAUACUACAAAGUCAGCUGUUGCAAUUAACAUUUGAAGCUGAUCGGAUGAGAAGAUGUCUUGAGAGAGGAGGAUCUGGAAAUGCUUUUACCGGUCUUGAUUCUCUUAUGACUCAAGUUGGGCAUUUGCACCUUAAAGAUGCAGGAAAUGGACAGAGGGCAUCGAUUGCAACUCUCUCUGAACAAGUUGGAUUGCAAAAGGUCUUGUCACUGCUUGAGUCAGAAGAUGCUAAUGUACGGAUUCAUGCUGUAAAAGUUGUGGCGAACCUAGCAGCUGAAGAAGCCAAUCAGGAAAAGAUUGUAGAAGCUGGUGGUCUCUCUUCCUUGCUGAUGCUUCUUAGAAGGUUUGAGGAUGAAACUGUACGCAGGGUAGCAGCAGGUGCAAUUGCCAAUCUUGCAAUGAAUGAAGCCAAUCAGGAACUCAUUAUGGUUGAAGGGGGAAUUAGUUUGUUGUCAAUGACGGCAGCUGAAGCUGAGGAUCCUCAAACUCUACGCAUGGUUGCUGGGGCCAUUGCUAAUCUAUGUGGCAAUGAUAAGCUACAGAUGAAGCUGAGGUCUGAAGGUGGUAUCAAGGCUUUGCUAGGAACAGUGAGAUGUGGGCAUCCAGAUGUUCUCUCUCAAGUUGCACGUGGAAUUGCGAACUUUGCAAAAUGCGAGUCUCGAGCAUCUAGUCAAGGGACAAAAACUGGAAGAUCUUUUCUGAUAGAAGAUGGUGCACUGCAAUGGAUUGUACAAAAUGCCAACAAUGAAGCAUCACCAAUAAGACGCCACAUCGAGCUUGCACUCUGCCACUUGGCUCAACACGAAGUGAAUGCAAAGGACAUGAUCAGUGGGGGUGCCCUCUGGGAGCUAGUUCGUAUCUCACGGGACUGUUCUCGGGAGGAUAUUAGAAAUCUUGCUCAUCGGACUCUAACUUCCAGCCCCACCUUCCGAUCCGAACUACGCAGGUUACGAAUAGAGUUUUAAUCCAAUCCUUGAUGGGUUUCCUCGAAUCAUUUCUCCAGUCUCCAGCAGGCGGUAAACUUCAAUCAAAUUUUUUGUCGAAUCAAGGGGGCGUUUGAUCAUUUGAUCGGCUGGAUUCCUCUUGGAAGUUUGUGUAAAGGAUGCAGCGCUUGGGUUUGUAAUUCCUUCGUCUUGUAGCUGAACGAAUAUCAUCAGUCAGUCCCAUGUAUUCUUCAACCCCUAUUCAGCUUUCUUAGUAUCAUUUUUGUAUAAAUUGAUUUAUUAAAGCAAUGAAAUUUAUCAUUCUUUUAUCAAAAA